UUUAGCCCCGCGUAGACCUCCGGCCUCGGCCAUCAGUCACCAUGUCGGUACUGGACGCGCUUUGGGAGGACCGCGAUGUGCGUUUCGACGUGUCCUCGCACUCCUAUGACUUCUUUCUGGUUCUGUUUUAUUCUUUGUAUUCCCAAUAACUACAGAUUUCUUCUCUGUGUUCUUGAAGACCUCAUGAGCAGUUGACAAAUGAAAACGAGACCUGGAGAAGCCCUUAUUGAUUGUUUAGAUUCAAUUGAAGACACUAAAGGAAAUAAUGGGGAUAGAGGUAGACUCUUGGUAACAAAUUUAAGAAUUAUCUGGCACUCUUUGUCUCUACCCAGAGUCAAUCUCUCUAUCGGUUAUAACUGCGUAUUGAGUAUUACAACAAGGACUGCCAACUCUAAAUUACGAGGCCAGACGGAAGCUCUUUACAUACUAACAAAAUGUAACAGUACUCGUUUUGAGUUUAUAUUUACAAAUUUAGUUCCUGGAAGCCCUAGACUUUUUACUUCAGUGAUCGCAGUGCAUAGAGCAUAUGAAACAUCUAAAAUGUAUCGUGAUUUUAAAUUGAGAGGUGCACUAAUUAGAAAUAAACAACUAAGAUUAUUACCACAAGAACAUCUGUAUGAUAAAAUCAGCGGCGUAUGGAAUCUAUCCAGUGAUCAGGGAAAUUUGGGAACCUUUUUUAUUACCAAUGUGAGAAUUGUGUGGCAUGCAAAUAUGAAUGACAGUUUCAAUGUCAGUAUACCAUAUCUGCAAAUUAGGUCAAUAAAGAUUAGAGAUUCAAAAUUUGGUUUAGCUCUUGUCAUAGAAAGUUCUCAGCAGAGUGGAGGAUAUGUGCUUGGCUUUAAAAUAGAUCCUGUGGAAAAACUACAAGAAUCUGUGAAGGAAAUCAAUUCACUUCACAAAGUCUAUUCUGCCAGUCCAAUAUUUGGAGUUGAUUAUGAGAUGGAAGAGAAGCCACAGCCCAUUGAAGCUCUGACAGUUGAACAAAUUCAAGAUGAUGUAGAAAUCGAUGCUGAUGAUCACACGGAUGCUUUUGUGGCUUAUUUUGCUGAUGGAAAUAAGCAACAAGAUCGUGAACCUGUAUUUUCAGAAGAACUGGGGCUUGCAAUAGAGAAAUUGAAGGAUGGAUUCACCCUGCAGGGACUUUGGGAAGUAAUGAGUUGAUCUUGAGUUGAGCUGGAUUUCUAUUUAAAGUAUCUCAAGAUUUAAGAUUCUAGUUGCCUAUAAUAAUGCAAAAAAUUGGUUGUUUACAUCUACAGAAAACAUUAAGGAAGUUUUUUUUAUAAUUAAGAAAACCUCAUCUAAGAUUUUACUGUCAGUUUUAUAAAAAGUUUUUAAAUUGAAAUGUAUCUGGUUUGUAAUAUUAGUUUUGUACUUAAUACUUGUAAAUUAUUAGUCUGCAGAUAUUAAAUGAUUGUAUCAUGUUGGGUUUAAUAAAGAAUUUAUGCA